GGAAUCAACAGCCGCCAUCUUGACGCGGCUCAGAAUCGGGAUUUCGGGGGGAGCAUUAAUUUUAAAAACCGAUCGGAGCUACCCAGACCGGGCUCAAACGGCGUUUUUCGUGCAGAAAAUCGAAGUGUUAGUUCUUCCGAUGAGAAUUAAUGCAAACAUGUGAGGAUUACGUGGGUUUUUAUCGUCUCGAAAGCCCACUGUAUAUUUGAUUUCCCUUUUAGAGAGCGCCGCUUCUCGCCGUAUCUCCGUCCCGAGACGCUGUAUUUACCGGGAGACAGCGACGAGAAAAAUAAUCCACCUCAUAGAAAAUAUUUUUUGAAUUUUGCUCUUUUUAUUUAAGCCCGAGAUAGAUUUUAUGGCUGCUCCUUUUGACUGCGAAAAAAAUGAUUCUGUACAGACGUGAAACCGGCGAUCUGCGGAGAAAGGGAUUUGCUUACGCCUUUUGUAAUAUUUUAUGAUUGAUUUUUAUUUAUUUUUCUCGAACCGAAAUAAUUUUUGGACGUAAUUAUUGAGGAUAAUUAUGUGGGUGUUGGGUGUUGGAUUAUCAUGGGUUGAUCUUCGGCGGCGAAGCGUGGCGCUGUUGCCUUUCUUUUGAAACCUCCUUUUUCUCCAGGCAGCAUUUCGCCAGUCUGCCAGUCCAGAGAGAGAGAGAGAGAAAAAAAAAAAAAAAAAUUGUUAAAUUGCUCCUUUACGCGUAACGUUAAGGAAAAGUUACCAGUUAUUUACGAGCCAGAGGCCUACAACUUGGACGGAUCCUGCUGUCAUUUUUUUCCCUGCAUCAUCCAUUCAUAAAAUUUUGCCGACCAGGAUGGCUGACAAUCUGCUGGAGGGACCUUCUGCAAAGCGACCUAAGCUGAAUUCACCUCUCUCAGGAUCAGAUGGUCCAGAUCUUGUGUCUCUGUUUGACCUGGAAAACGACCUUCCAGAUGAGCUCAUCCCCAAUGGAGACUUGGGAAUGGGAAUGUCCUCUAACGGCGGUCCAGGUGGAGGGGGUCCUGGUCUCAACUCCAUCGUCCCUGAUGCAGCCGCCAAACACAAGCAGCUGUCUGAGCUCCUGCGGCCAGGAAGCUCCUCGAUAUUAGGAGGUGGCCCCCAACAGGGAGGCAUGGUGGGAAGCCAGCUAGGUGCUGUGCUUGGUAAAAGUCCACUGGGGCAGGGCUCUACCAAUCACCAGUCUCCCCAGGCCCAGAAAGGUGCUGCUGGACAAGGCAAUGGAAGCACAGGCAUGGGCUUCAACCAGGCCAUGAUGAACAGUGGGCAGGGUCAUGGGGUCAUGGGCCAGGCAGGACAAGUGAUGAAUGGGGCUCUGGGACCGGCGGGCCGGGGGAGACCUGGCAUGCAGUACCAGGGCCAGGGCAUGCAGGGCCCACAAGUGGGUGCUGGACCGGGUGUUGGAGGCAGUGUGCUAGCAGAGACACUCACACAAGGAGGGCCGCAGUUGGGUGCACACAACACGCUGAAUGCUCAGCAAGCUGGAAACAUGAAUAAGAUGGGGAUGUCGGGAGCAUUUGGCCAGCAGUAUGGUCAGGCUGGGGUGCAGCAGAUGGGGGCAGCGGGGGUCAACACCCAACAACUCCAGAACAAGACAGGCCUUUCCAACAACCUGCCCCAAUUCCCUGCUGAGCUGAAGGGAGCUGGGAGUGUGCCAAACAUGUCCCAGAUGCAGCAGCAGGUAGCCUCGGUGGGCAUGGUCCCUGGGGCUGGUGGAGUGUCAGCAGGACCGACGGCCGACCCUGAGAAGCGCAAACUCAUUCAGCAGCAGCUGGUCCUGUUGCUCCACGCACAUAAGUGCCAGCGGCGGGAGCAGGCCAACGGGGAGGUGAGGGCCUGCACUCUGCCCCACUGCCGCACCAUGAAGAACGUCCUCAACCACAUGACCCACUGCCAGGCUGGCAAGUCCUGCCAGGUGGCUCACUGUGCAUCAUCCAGACAGAUCAUCUCCCACUGGAAGAACUGUACACGGCACGACUGUCCGGUCUGCCUGCCUUUGAAGAAUGCUAGUGACAAGAGGAACCAGCAACCCAUGCUAGGUUCCCCUGGGGCUGGCCUGCAGAAUGCCAUCAGUACGGUGGGGCCUGGCCAGCCUAGUGCCACAGCCAUCAACAGCGCUGCCACCCACAUCGACCCGAGCUCCAUGCAGAGGGCCUAUGCUGCCCUUGGCCUGCCAUAUGGGAACCAGCCCCCUACACAGGUCCAGGGGCAGGGCUCCGCUCAGCAAACCUCCCAGGGCCCCCAGCACCAGCAGCUGCGAAAUAUGAACCCACUAGGCACUAAUCAGAUGAGCCAGAUGGCAGGAGGGAUGGGUGUCCCCUCUUCAGACCAGACUGGCAUGCACUCCGACUCCUCUCUACCAUCCACACUCAACAAUCAGCUGAUGCCAGAUGGUUCAGUAGCAGGAGGCAUGGGAAACCUGCCCACUGCCACCCCUCUCUCUGCUACGGGGGUAAGAAAGGCCUGGCAUGAACACGUCACUCAGGACCUGCGCACCCACCUGGUGCACAAACUUGUACAAGCCAUAUUCCCCACCCCAGACCCCGCAGCACUGAAGGACCGGAGAAUGGAGAACCUGGUGGCAUAUGCGCGCAAGGUUGAGGGCGACAUGUACGAGUCAGCUAACAGCAGGGAUGAGUAUUACCACUUCCUGGCAGAGAAAAUCUACAAAAUCCAGAAGGAACUGGAGGAGAAGAGGCGCUCACGGCUUCAGAAACAGCCUGGAAUGGUGGGCACAGCUGGGCCUCAGCAACCUGGUAUGGCUCAGCCCAACCCCAUGGGCCCAGGACAGGCCGUCCGACCUCCCAAUGGACCUGUGCCUAUGCCUAACAUGCCAAAUCAGAUAAUGAACCGUAUGCAGGUGCCCCAAGGAAUCAAUCAGUUUAACCCAAUGGCAAUGCAGAAUGCGCAGAUGUCUCAGGCACCCAUGGGAGCACGUGCUCCCUCCCCCAUGAACCAUCCACAGCAGAUGAACAUGAGCUCCGUCCCAGCGGUUUGUUGAAUGUAAAGACUGUGGACGAAAGAUGCAUCAGAUCUGUGUGCUGCACUACGAUGUCAUUUGGCCAUCAGGAUUUAUCUGUGACAACUGUCUGAAGAAGUCUGGCAAAACAAGAAAGGAGAACAAGUUUUCAGCCAAAAGGUUGCAGUCUACGAGGUUGGGGACGUAUAUUGAGGACAGAGUGAAUAAGUACUUGAAAAGGCAGAACCACCCAGAGGCCGGUGAGGUGUUUGUGCGAGUGGUGGCCAGCUCUGACAAAAAUGUGGAGAUAAAGCCUGGCAUGAAGUCUAGGUUUGUGGACUCAGGCGAGAUGGUGGAAAGCUUCCCUUACAGAACCAAAGCACUUUUUGCAUUUGAAGAAAUAGACGGGGUGGAUGUUUGUUUCUUCGGCAUGCACGUCCAGGAGUACGGCUCAGAGUGCCCCUUUCCAAAUACCAGACGGGUUUACAUAUCAUACCUCGACAGUAUUCACUUCUUCAAACCACGUUUGCUAAGGACUGCAGUGUACCAUGAGAUCUUAAUAGGCUACCUGGAGUAUGUGAAGAAACUGGGGUAUGUGACAGGUCACAUCUGGGCCUGCCCACCCAGUGAAGGAGAUGACUACAUUUUCCACUGCCACCCUGCUGACCAGAAGAUCCCCAAGCCCAAGAGGCUCCAAGAGUGGUACAGAAAGAUGCUGGACAAGGCUUUCGCUGAGAGGAUCUUACAUGAUUACAAGGAUAUCUUCAAGCAGGCGACAGAAGACAGGCUGACCAGUGCCUAUGAGCUGCCGUACUUUGAGGGUGACUUUUGGCCUAAUGUGCUGGAGGAGAGCAUCAAGGAGCUAGAGCAGGAGGAGGAGGAGAGAAAGAAGGAGGAGAACACUGCCUCCUCUGAGACGACAGAGGGAGCCCAAGCUGACAGCAAGAAUGCCAAAAAGAAGAACAACAAGAAAACCAACAAAAAUAAGAGCAGCGUCAGCCGAGCCAAUAAGAAAAAGCCUGGGAUGCCGAAUGUAGCCAAUGAUCUGUCCCAGAAACUCUACGCAACGAUGGAGAAACAUAAGGAGGUGUUUUUUGUUAUCCAUCUCCAUGCCGGGCCAGUCAUUAACACCCUGCCACCCAUUAUGGACCCCGACCCUAUGUUGACCUGUGACCUGAUGGAUGGCCGUGAUGCCUUUUUGACUUUGGCCAGGGACAAGCACUGGGAGUUCAGCUCACUGAGGAGGUGCAAAUGGAGCACAAUGUGUAUGUUGGUAGAGCUGCACAAUCAGGGCCAGGACCGCUUUGUGUACACCUGCAACGAGUGCAAGCACCACGUUGAGACUCGCUGGCACUGCACCGUCUGCGAGGACUACGACCUAUGCAUUAACUGCUACAACGCUAAGGGCCAUGAGCACCAGAUGGUGAAGUGGGGCCUGGGUAUAGACGAUGACAGCAAUGGUCAGGGUGGAGAGGCCUCCAAGAGCCCUCAGGAAAGCCGACGUCUCAGCAUCCAGCGCUGCAUCCAGUCCUUGGUCCACGCCUGCCAGUGCCGCAAUGCCAACUGCUCUUUGCCUUCAUGCCAGAAGAUGAAGAGGGUGGUUCAACACACCAAGGGCUGCAAGCGCAAGACCAAUGGUGGCUGCCCUGUGUGCAAGCAGCUCAUCGCUUUAUGUUGUUAUCACGCCAAGCACUGUCAGGAGAACAAGUGUCCCGUUCCCUUCUGUCUCAACAUCAAGCACAAACUCCGCCAGCAGCAGCUGCAGCAUAGGCUCCAGCAGGCUCAAAUGAUGCGCCGCAGAAUGGCCACCAUGGCUGGUAGGGGUAUGCCCAUGCCGUCUCCACCUACCUCAGCUGCCCCUGACACCCCCAACUCUGUACAGCAGCCUAAUACACCCCAGACCCCCCAGCCCAUGCCCAACCAGCCCCAACAACAGCAGACACCAAACCCUGCCAAUAUUGCCCAAGGCUUCCCCAAUAAUGGCCGCAACAGUCAGCCCCCAACACCAGUACCGCAGGGCAAACCAGGUCCUCAGUCAUCACCUCACCAUCAGCAGCAGUCACCUCUGCAUAACAUGCCACACCAACAGCCGCCUCAGCCACCACAUCAGCAGCAACAACAACAGCAACAUCAACAACAACAGCAACAGCACAAGCAGCAGCAACAGCAACAACAGCCCAUGCUUGCAGCCAGGAAGGUGGCCCAACAGAUUGAGAUGGCAGCCAAGGUGAGGCAUCAGCAGCAGAAUUAUGCCAUGAAUGGGAUGUCCAUGAACAACUCACGAAUGAUGGGGCCCAUGCAGGGCCAGAUGCAGAUGAUGCAGGGGCCACGGGGCCCCCAGGUGAUGCAGACUAUGCAGCAGGGCCAGUGGGGUCCAGGGAUGCAGAAUCCAAUGCAGAAUCCCCAGGGUCAUCUGCCGCAGGUCCCCCCUCAACAAGGCCCUAUGCCCCCACAGCAGGCUCAGGGAAAUCCCAUGCCCCAGCAGCCCCAGCUCAUGCAGAGGCCCAUAAUGCCCCAGCCACAUGCUCUCAAUAUGCCUGGUGUCAUGCCUCCCCAGGGGACCUCACAACAGGGCAUGACACCGCAGCAGCAUAACAUGCCACGGGGGAUACCGGGCAACAUUGCCCCGAGUGCCCUGCAGGAAUUACUGCGCACCCUCAAAUCUCCCAGCUCUCCCCAGCAGCAACAGCAGGUCCUUAACAUCCUUAAGUCUAACCCCCACCUCAUGGCCGCCUUCAUUAAACAGAGGACAGCAAAGUACCAGGCGAACCAGCCACAGCAACAGCAGCAGGGGCAGCAGCAGAACCCACAGGCCAUGCUGGGGACCCAGGCAGGAAUGCAGGCCAUUGCUGCCAUUGCAAACCAAGUGCAGAGGCCAGGGAUGGCACCUCAGCAGCAGCCUCCUCAGCAGGCGGGGUCCCAGGGCAUGGCAACCAUGGGCCCCCAAGGCCAGAUGAUGAAUGUUGCUCAAAACGGCAAUUCCCAACUGUACCGCAGACAGCAGCUGCUCAGGAUGCAGCAAAUGCAGCAGCAGCAGCAGCAGCAGCAGCAGCAGCAGCAGGGAGGCAUGCCUCAGGGCCAUGGUCAGUUCCCGCAGCAGCAGCCAGGGCCAGCAAGCUACUCCCAACUCCGUAUGCAGCAGCAAAUGGUUAUGCAAGGAGGUGGGGGCCCCAUGGGACAGCUCCCACCCACGUCCCAAAUGGGCCAACCUGGCAUGGGCAUGGAUGGGCCCCAGAACCUUCUCCAGCAGCGCAUGCUUCAGCAGCAACAACAGCAGCAGAUGUUAAAGCAGCAGAUGGGCUCUCCAGCGCAGGCUAACUCAAUGAGUCCACAACCCCACAUGCUCCAAGGCCAAGCCCAGGGAGGGGCUCACUUACCUGGCCAGACAAUGGCAAACACCCUGGGCAACCAAGUACGCUCCCCAGCCCCAGUGCAAUCGCCCCGUCCGCCUUCGCAGCAGCCCCCGCAUUCCAGUCCCUCCCCGCGGAUACAGCCCUCACCUCAGCACGGCGCCCUCCACUCCAGCUCUCCCCACCCCAGCCUUGGAGGCCCCAUGUCAGGCCCCAUGGAGCAAGGACACAUGGGCACACCGGAGCAGAGUGCCAUGCUCCCGCAACUUAACACACCAAACAGAGGGGGGUUGAGUAAUGACAUGGGUAUGGUGGGUGACACGACGGGAGACACGCUGGAGAAAUUUGUUGAAGGAUUGUAGCAUUUCGUGACAGAAGAAAGGCCUUGUUCUGUUUUCAGCUGAGAAAUUUUUGUACUUGCUGAUGUAAAAAGCUUAAAGAAUUACAAACAAAUGAGUCAUAUGAGGCCUACAGACUGUGAACUUUCCUUAAACCAAGGGACUGCUUUUUUCUUCCAACACAGAGUGAUUUAAAAAUUGCUGUUGAAAAGAAGACAACAAAGACACAAAGAAUAUAUUUUUGGUUCAGACCAGUCAUGCAAGAAGAUGCUCUGGUCUUUGUGUUGUUUUAAUUUGUUUUUCAUUUGUUAUGCUCUGGUAUUGACUUUUUUAACAAAACUUCUCAAAACAAAAAAUAUUUCAUUUUAUUAUUCAAUUUUUUUUAUUUUGUACCUUUGCAAAUUAAUAUCGUAUUUGUGUUGAGAAGACUGUAAAAUUAUUUGUCUGGGAAUUUUUUGCCAGGUUUCACCUCUUGCUCAGUUUCGCUGUUCCUGGCUAAUUUAUUCUAAUAUGCCAUUUUUCAAAAGGACUGCCUUUGGGAAAGCCUUAAUUUCUUUCCUCUUUGCAGAGUCUAUGGGAGAUUAACGUAUUUGUAUAGAUCUAGGAACUAUUGCACACACCCAAACACAAAAGGCAGGUGUAAGAGAAACCUGCAUUGAAGCUUGUUAAUGUUCACAGUUGCUGGAAUGUUCUUUUUACUGGCUUGGGCCCAGAAAUUGUCUUGCAAAUGUUUAAAAAAUUGCUUUGUUUCCCCCUCAGUCUAAAGAAAUUCUUAUUAAAUCCUGAACCUCUUUUGUCUGUGGUGGGAAAUCGACUUGUUUGACUGCUGAUUUGUGUUCAGAGAGUUUUGUGCAUCAUUUUCUCUCUUGCAUUUAACUUGAAUUGAUGAUGAACUGUUCUCUAAUGUAAAUCAUGCAGCUAGACAGUACUGUAAAUAUGCAGAAAAUAAGAAUGAAAUCACUGUACAAACUGGUUCAAAUGGCUCAUUUCGUACUUAUAUACCAUAUUGUUAAAUAAACCUGUGUGCCACAGA